AAUACAAACCCACAUACACCGCCGUUCUUCAUUUCAAUGUCGUUCUGCUCAUUCCUUCCGACUGACGAAACGACGAUCCGAUGACGCGAGCCUUGCCGCCGCCGGCGACGCUAUCGCCGUACGUCAUUUCUUUCCUGAAUUCCAACCUCAGCUCAAGAGAAGACCUCGAUGGAGCCCCGAAUUUACUUUCGGAGCUCCAAAUGGAAUCCGGUGCCUUGGAUCGGACGCUUUCCGAACUCAACGAGGAGCUCCGACAUCAAUUGACUCAACACUCUUCCCACUCGAAUCGCGUCGGAUCACUAUUGACUAAUGUGCACUCACAGUUAGAUGAUCUUCUCCGUUCCUCCGCUCGCUCCCCGCCUGGCGACGGAUUGAGGAGAGGGAUGUGGGAGGAGUUGCAGACAUUAGCAAAGGAAGUAGCCAGAGUAGAAACCGUGAGAAAUUAUGCAGAGACUGCAUUGAAGCUCGACACAUUGGUUGGUGACCUUGAAGAUGCUGUAUCUACAGUUGUGAAUCGAACAUUGAGGAAGCAACCAUCCGCCAAAAGUUUAGAAGAUAUGCGAGCAGUUGCUUUAAGAACUCUCAAAUCGACAGAAGAUUUACUUAGUUCAGUUAUAAAGAAACACCCCCAAUGGGCUCAUCUAGUUUCAGCCGUUGAUCAUAGAAUCGACAGGGCUUUGGCUGUUCUAAGGCCUCAGGCUAUAGCCGAUCAUCGUACUCUUCUUAUUUCUCUUGGGUGGCCACCCCCUCUGUCAUCCCUAAGCUCAUCAAAUCAAGAUUCAAAGGAAUCAACAAAUGUUCCAAACCCUCUCUUCACCAUGAAAGGCGACUUGAAACACCAGUAUUGCGAAAGCUUCCUUGCAUUGUGUGGUCUUCAAGAAUUGCAGAGAAGACGAAAAUCCCGGCAACUUGAGGGGCAUUAUAAGGAUGCUGAUCUUCACCAGCCCCUUUGGGUUAUCGAAGAGCUUGUGAAUCCGAUAUCUAUAGCCUCACAGCGCCACUUCUCGAAGUGGAUUGAUAAGCCCGAGUUCAUUUUCGCGCUUGUUUAUAAGAUCACACGAGAUUAUGUCGACUCUAUGGAUGACUUGUUACAGCCGCUCGUCGAUGAAGCAAUGCUAUCUGGUUAUAGUUGCAGAGAGGAAUGGAUUUCGGCUAUGGUAUCUUCCCUGUCAACAUACCUGGCCAAAGAAAUAUUCCCCAAUUAUGUCGAUAAGCUCAAAGAAGAAAGCGAUGCUGUACAAGAACAGGCAAAGACCUCCUGGCUACAUCUUGUGGACUUGAUGAUCGGAUUCGAUAAACGAGUUCAAUCUUUGGCAGCUCAUUCCGGAAUGCUUCUUUCCCUCCCUGAAACCGGCAGUAUGUCUUUGAUGACGGUAUUUUGCGAUAGGCCUGAUUGGCUCGAUUUGUGGGCCGAGAUCGAACUCAACGACACGCUUCAUAAGUUAAAAUCUCAUAUGGAGGACGACAGAAAUUGGAUAAAUGAAGGACAGCAAGUCUCGGUUAUGUCUGGCCAGGAAGAAUACAAAUCCCCUUCGAUAUCAAGUGCUGUAUUCCGAUGCUUUUCUUCUGUCAUCGAUCGAUGUCGAUCGGUACCUAACAUAUCACUAAAAUCGAGGUUUGUUAGAUUGGCGGGUGCACCGAUCAUACACAAAUUUCUCGAUCGGUUGCAACAAAGGUGUCAAGAAGCCGAGGGAUUGACUGCACUGACAGACAACAGUGCUCUAACGAAAGUUGCUAAGUCUAUUAAUGCUUCUCACUGCUUCGAAUCAGUUUUGAAAGAAUAUUGCGAAGACGUAUUCUUUCUUGAAAUGGAACAGCAUGAAACAACCGAGGCAGGCGCUACAAAUAAAGAUUCAGAAGCACGAGAGAGUGGAAUUUUUCACGAAGAAAUAAAAAAGCUCGAGGAGUUCCGAAAUGAAUGGAUAGAGAAGCUGUCGACUGUCGUCUUACGGGGUUUCGAUGCACUUUGCCGAGACUAUAUUAAGAAUAAAAGGCAAUGGCAGGAAAAGAGUGAUGAAGCCUCAGCCCUGUCUCGAUCCUUUGUUGAAGCAAUGGCUUAUUUGCAGGGAAAAUUGUCGAUUCUUGAAGAAGGGCUGAACAAAAUGGAUUUUACGAGGGUAUGGAGAAACGUGGCGGCCGGGAUUGACAAAUUGGUUUUUAACAGUAUAAUUAUGAGCAAUGUGAAAUUUCACGACGGUGGAGUCGAGAGACUUUGGAAUGAUGCAAUGGUUCUGUUUGGGAUAUUUGGCGUGUGGUGUCUAAGACCCGAAGGCUUUUUCCCGAAAGUUAACGAGGCGUUGAAGUUAUUAAAAACCGAGAAGAAACGGUUGAAAAAGAUUGGGGAUGAAAGAUGGCUGAAGGAAAACGGCAUUCGGAAUUUAAGUACGGGUGAGGUAGAAAAGAUAGCCAAGAAUCGAGUAUUCACUGGUUGAAGAUUUUCAUAUACCCGAAAGAUUAUACAAAGAGGGAAAAUGGAUGAAAUCUUUACUAUGUCAGGAAUCGAUCGUGGUUCUGAUUAAUUGCGCAACGUCGUGAAAUUACAGGUACUCUUUUAUCUUAUUUUGCAAAGGUCUUUUUAACUUUGUUGUGUUGUUGUCAAGAUUUAUUUCGGUGUUUAAACUUUUAGCUUCGUAUGGUAAUAAAAUGGCGGAGGUGAUUGAUUUUUUUGGA